GCUCUAACCCAAACAUCAACAUGCUCUCCUGCAAGGUAUUUGCGGCCCUCAUGUUCUUGGGCGUGGCCCUCUGCGUGCCAUCAAACCUAUACAGCCAACAGACGUAUGAGGAAACCAUCCCAUACCAGUACUCCUACAACGUGAAGGACCCCUACGCUGGCGCAGACUUCGGCCACAGCGAGGACUCCGACGGCCACAACGCCCGCGGCUCUUUCCACGUCCAGCUGCCCGACGGUCGCAGACAGACGGUGAAUUACCAGGCCGACCAUCAGCUAGGCUAUGUAGCCAACGUGCAGUACGAGGGUGAGGCCCAGUACCCCCAAACUUACGGUCCUGCAGUCACCUUCGGCCCCUCGCAGCACACUAGCUACCGGCCUCCCGCCCCUUACCAAUGAUACCAUCACAUACCAUCGCAUGUUGACGUUCAAGUGUUGAAGAUUAUCAAAUAAAUUGUUGUUAAUUCAU